UGCAGUAUGGAGACUAGUGGAUGGCAGAAAGUGAACCAAGUUCUUGGUAGUCUGAGAACCGGGAAGAUAGGAGAUCAAUGUGAGACAAUAGUAAAGUUACCCUCUGUUUUUGAAGAGUACCCCUUCCCCAUCCUCAUUGAUGCUGUAUUCCUCAAACUCGGAGAACUAUUCAGGGAAUGCAACAAUAACUUCAUCAGAUUCUGUAUCUUGAAGGUAAUCCUCAGCACAGCACAACACCACAACAAGAUUUCAGGUAAAGACAUCUUCCUGCGUCCUGUUCUCUCUGUUAUCCACAGUAACGACGCUGUAGCGCGCUCCAUCACCCUCCGUGUGUUGGGUGUCUCUGCUGGUCUCUUCCCUGAGAAGAAGAACGUGCUGCACGCUAUAGUCCGAGGGUUAGACUCACAUAUGGAGCUGGAGCGGGAUGCUGCUCUUUUUGCUUGUAAACAGUACGCUGCUAUGUCACAGGAUGUUUCUAAAACUGUAGUCCCUAAACUAGAGUCGCUACUCACCAGUCUAUCGACCACAGAGACCCUCAAAAUAAAGAUUCUAGACGUGUUCCAGUCCAUGGACUACGAUCUUGAAACUUCAUACCAAGUCAGGAACCUUUGCUUGAAACUCCUGGAAGACCAAGCAACAGAGCGGGUUACAGACGGGUGUCUGAAGGCUCUGACUCAGAUGAUGCUGUCAACUCUCUCCUCACCCCGCGAGGUUAUAGACCUGCUGCUGAGCACAGCUGAGGGGGAGAUGAGGAAGGGAGUGCGGUGUUCAGCGUUUAAAUGUUUAGAGGAGAUAGCUGGUGCUCAACCAGAGCUGCUGAAUCAGGAGGACGUUGGGAGACUUGUGGAACUUACUGGUGAUAGUGGAGGAGAGAUCCUGUGUAAGAUUAGCUUGUCUCCAGCCAAGCAGCUCCUGACCCCCUCCACCCUAGACACCCUAUUCUGUAAACUAGGAACUGCUCCCCUAGCCAGCUCAGUUGCUAUCUACCAGAUAUGUGCUACUCUUAUGCCUACUCAGCACUCUCAGAUCUACUUCUACCCGUUGCUAGUACGCACAAUAAACUCUCAAGACACAAAGUUAGUGCGGCGACUCCUCUUCUCCUUCUCCAAACAAGAAUGUGUUAAUACCAGCCUCCUCUUCACUCUCCUCUCCACCUCAUCCAUGGAGAUAUUCAUUGAGCUGUGUUACUGUCUCUCCUCCUUAAAGAGAAGUGUGGUACUGCAGGCUGACCAAGUAGCUGGCAUUCUUGGCUCGUGUGAUUUGAAGAAGGGUUGUUACUUUGUUAAGUUGGUGACAGUACUGUAUAGUCAGUGUGAUGAGGAGCUGAGGGGAGUUAUAACAGAACAAGUUGUGUUAUUUGUAGACAGGUUAGCGGUUGAGGGGAGACAGUGGGGCAUGUAUUGUAUUAUGAGAGUUGCAAUGUGCCAUGGUGUGUAUGAGGUAGCACUGAAGAUCAUCAGGUUGCUGCACGAUUAUCUGAUUCACCCGUAUUCCCAGAACUUUUUUAAGAGUCUGGAUCUGGUCUGCAGUGCGGAGUUAGCGAGUGAGUUAAGACAGUCUAUUUCACUGUACGAUUCAGCACUGUUAAAUGUGAAAUGUUGUCAGAACUCCGCGCUGACUCACUUUCAGACUGAUCUAAUUUCUCUCAGACUGAGAGUUCUCAAGAUCUACCUCCAGUUGGUAAACCUGAGUAAUAUUGCGAAGAUGAACAUGGUAGAUGAUACAGCUGGCUUUGCGCCAACCCUGCGUUUUAUUGCUCGUCAAGUUUCUGAUCUUAUAGACGGAGCAAGAGAGCUGGAAUCUAGAAUGAUCGACGCUAAACCAUGUGACAAUCUAAAGGAAUUCCUCCUGAUUUGCAACAUUCUGACGGUCCUGUGUACUGGAGAAACACAAAAUAUGCCAGUUAUUUCGAGACAUUCCGAUAUUUCGACCCAACUCUCCAAAACUCUAUCAGUAAUCAAAGAAUCCCCCGAAGCACUAUCCUCGAUAUCCUUCAUCAAACAAACCACCUGCCAACCUCAUAUCACACCGGUUCACUUUACCCUACUUCUACUUCGUUCAAGAACAAAACACAAGCAUCUCACUCGCAACCAGUCCUGCAAUUGAUCAAGGUAUAAUCAAGAUAGCGGGAGGGUGUAACCUGCUAUUAACAGUUGAAGCAGUGGUCAGGGGGAACAGUUCGCGGAUAAAGAACAUGCUGGUAAGCGUCACGUGUGAUAAAGCUGCUUCCUCAGCUAAAGGAACUGUGAAGGAGGACGGUGGUAGUAGUUUAGUGUGUAAUAGAGAGGUCCCGCUCGUUAAAGGGUAUUUGAAGUUGGAGUUGAGUGUGGAUGUUCAGUCGUUUGCUGAUGUUUAUACGAUAAAUGCGAAGGCUGUUGAUUUUGAUGAUGCGCUGUGGAAUGUGGGGUCUACUGUUAGGUUUAGAGUAAAGUGUGAUGAUAGUGUUUUGAGUAAAUCUCAAAUGGCUAAAGCUUAUGUUUAGGAUUUAGAUUUAGGUAUUGAUUUACCUAGGUAUUGAUGUUGACUUAAAUUUAAUUCAUAUAAUAAUGAGAUUCCUAUGUUUAUCCUUUUUAAAGAUGUAACUUAUCAAUUUUCCGGUUUUUAUUGCUAAAGCCUACAAUAUUACAUUGCAUAUCUAUCUUUAACUCUAUUACAAUCCUCUUGAACUUGUUUAUAGCACCAAACGCGUGCCAUCUCAAUAUGUGGCAAAUUUGACAUCAUAUUACUGCACGCGCGCUGACAAAAUUAUAGUCUUAAUAUCUUAACACGU